AAGAACGAAAAGCUUGCUAUUCGGUCGUCGCACUGGCUGCCGUGUGCCGGUCUACUGACCUCGGAAAUCAUGGGCGCCACGCUCAUCCCAAACUCAUACUCGCUCGUUGGAUAUGUGCCUGGAAACCUGAUUUUGGUGGUGUGUUUCUUCCUCACUCUGAUGGCAGGUGGAAUUUGCUGGUGGCUGUUUCUUCUUUUCGACUCGCCAGAGUAUCCCAUCAAGUCGUUUUCCGAGAUUGCCAAGAUCCUGGGCGGCGAGACGUGGGCGCAGAUUGUCAUAUUUCUCCAAGUCAUAGCCAUGCUGCUCACGGGCGCAAACAUAGCAAUCAGCUCCCUCGAGUCGAUGGUCAUUCUGCAAGAUGCUAGGUACUGCUGGACAGGCCUGCUGAUUGCUCUGUGUGCCGCUCUGGGGGUGGUUUCGAGUCUGAAAACCUUCAGCAACGUUGGAAAGUUCUGUCUUGUCGUCUCUGCAAUCAACUACGUCAACCUGUUUGUGCAACUGGGCUAUUUUGGAGAGCCGAACUGGGCCAACGCGAAAAACCUGCUCGGUCUCGACAAAGACACCAUUAUGACAUACGUGGUGGCACCACAGUCACUGGUUAACAAGAUCGUUGCCGUCUCCAACAUCUCGUACGUUUUCGCCGGCUCUGUGGUGUUCCCAGAAAUUAUCUCGGAGAUGAAGAGACCCUGGGACUUUUGGAAGUCCAUGAUUGCUGCCCAGAGCGCCAUCGUGUGCAUCUACCUGAUCUACGGCAACUACGUUUACUCGCAGCAGGGCCAGUUUUCAAAUUCGCCAUCCGUUUUCGGGCUCUCCAACAUGACAGCCCUCAAAGGUCUCUCUGUGAUCACCUUCAUUGUGGGCGUGUUCCAGGCCGUGUUCUACGGUCACGUGAACACCAAGAUCAUCUACAAGAACUACCUUCCGCGGAUCUUCCACGACCUCGACAUCCGCAGCAAGAAGGGUCAAUUGCUGUGGUACGUGUCUACGGCCAUCGUUUGGGCGAUCAUCUACAUUGUGGCGACGGGUGUGCCGAACGUGGCCUCCAUCUCGGCCUUCACGUCUGCCCUGACCAUGAUCCCGCUCACGUAUGUGAUUCCGUUCUGGUUCUACAUCUGGGCGGCAUUCAUGAAGACCAACGCCGAGCUCAUUGAGGACUACAACGAGGCCACCAUGGAGGCCACCGGCUAUCAGCGGCCCCUCGUGGCGUUUGUUAAAAACGGUUUCCGGAAGCACGGUCUUAUCACGGUUUUCUACGUUUGUCUGACCCUUGCGUCGCUCUCCUUUGCCUGUCUGGGUCUCUACGGGUCCGUUGAGUACAUGAAGGCCAUUUUCGCAACCACUCCCGCCACCUCUUUUUCGUGCACCUCCCCAAUAUAG